AUGGCGUCAGAAGAGCAAGUCGUGUUAGACGAGACCGUUUUAUUAGAAGAUCUUCAACAGGAAGCGUUGGACGUGUUUAAGCAGGUGAAUUUCGAUUGCAUUGAGCUAAUUACAUUUCAACGAUCACAGUUUGAAGCAAAGCUUGCCUUAUUCCCUGAAUUCGUCGUAAACAACUUGUGGGAAGUUGUUUCCGAGUGGAGGACCCUUAACGAUCUUGACUUCAACUUCACAAUCGAAGACGGAAUCGACUCGGACCAGAUCAACAGUGAAAGCGAAGCGACGAGCCCAUCCCAGCGCGCCAUUUCACCGAUCGAGACGCCAGCUGGAUGCUCCGGCAAGGACGGCACGGAUCUUGUUGUCCCCGGCCAGAACGGGCUCGCAAAUUCUAACACCGAUCCGGUGGAAUCGAUCCCGAGCCUGAGCGGAAGUUGCGCGACGAACUCUUCCCGGAACGCAAUUCUGCCGAUCAAGACGCCAGUUGGAGGCGCUGGCACGUCCCGGAUCGCCGUUCUUUCGAACGCAAAGGAAACGGAUCUUGUGGCCGCCGGCCAGACUGGCCUCGCGAAUUCUAACACCGGAUCGGUAGGAUCGAUCCCGAGCCUGAGCGGAAGUUGCGAGAUUGGAAAGUAGAAGAGUAUGAUGAUAACUAUUUAGCAUAUAAGACUGAAGAGAGAUUAGAUACAAUGUGCAUUAUAAGUUUAAAUUUAGUUGAGGGACCGCCAUUUUCCAUUCAUGAAAUUAAUGGAGCAUAUUAUUUCAGACCAAAUAUAGGAUUCUAAGUUGAAUAACCGAUUGUAUCUACUCCUAAGAAUUGUUUACUUAAAUACAA